ACUCUUCAAUUUAUUAUUCCUUGUAAUAAUAUAUUUAGAUGAGUUUUCUGAAAUUAACUUUUUUCUAGCAAGCCGUCUAACUUUGAACACACCGUUACACUUUUAUCUUUCAUAUAAGGCAUCCUCAUGUAGUCCUUAUUAGAUUCAUAACCCAAAUACCUCAUUUCUUUCGCCUCUUGUCUUGUCUUGAAAUAUUAUUAAUAUUAUUGUUAGUAGGGAAUUGUAGUAACGUAACCAAAAAUGGGAAGAACUUCAGCUCAUUUAUUAUCAGUAUUAUCAAUCCUUUCACUUCUGGCUCUGCUGUCCUUGUUUGUUCUUCCGGUAUAUUCAACUUCAAGACAAACUCUUCAUCAUCAAACGACGGCCAAGAAAACCGGCUUUCGGGUCACGCUCCAUCACGUCGAUCAUGGCAUGAACUUGACAAAGCUUGAACGUCUUCAGCGGGGAAUCAAGCGCGGUAAGCACAGGGUGCAGAGGCUUAAUGCCAUGGUGUUGGCGGCCAAAUCCGAUUCAUCAUCGUCGUCGUCGGUGUUUGAAUCCCCCGUACGAGCUGGGAACGGCGAGUUCUUAAUGCAGCUAUCCAUAGGAACCCCGCCGAACGCUUUCUCCGCCAUAAUGGACACCGGCAGUGACCUGAUAUGGACGCAGUGCUUACCUUGUGAGACCUGUUUCGAUCAACCCACGCCCAUUUUUGACCCGAGAAACUCUUCCUCCUUCUCUAAGCUCUCGUGUUCGAGCCAGCUAUGUGAGGCCCUUCCGCAAUCAACGUGCAGCGACGGCUGCGAGUAUUUCUACGGCUACGGAGAUUACUCUUCCACUCAAGGUGUUUUAGCAACAGAAACUUUUGCAUUCGGCGAUGAUGUCAAGGUUUUGGUCAAUGGUAUCGGGUUUGGAUGCGGCGGAGAUAACGAAGGAGACGGGUUCAGCCAAGGCGCGGGCCUCGUGGGGCUCGGACGUGGGCCGUUGUCUCUAGUUUCGCAGCUGAAGGAGCCCAAAUUCUCUUACUGCUUGACCUCCAUGGACGACACCAAAACGAGCUCACUGUUGAUGGGGUCAUUAGCGAGCGUGAACACCACGUCUUUUGGCGCUAAAGUCACCACCCCUUUGAUGAAAAACCCAUCACAGCCAUCUUUUUACUAUCUUUCCCUUGAAGGGAUAUCAGUAGGAGGCUCUCUCCUAUCCAUCGAGAAAGACACUUUUGCCCUCCAAAAAGAUGGUAGUGGAGGGCUAAUCAUAGACUCUGGAACAACCAUUACAUAUCUUGAAAAGAAAGCUUUUGAUAUUGUCAAGGAGGAAUUCACUUCCCAGAUAAACCUUCCAGUGGACAAAACGGGUUCGCAAGGUUUGGAUCUUUGCUUUAACUUGCCAAAGGAUUCUACGUCAGUUGAAGUUCCCAAGUUGUCGUUUCAUUUCAAAAACGAUGCCGUUUUGGAACUUCCACCGGAAAACUACAUUCUGAGUGACUCGACAUUAGGAGUUCUUUGCUUGGCUCUGGGGUCCUCUAGUGGUAUGUCCAUCUUUGGCAAUAUUCAGCAACAGAAUUUACUUGUCGUUCAUGAUCUUUCUAAGGAAACAUUGUCGUUUGUUCCCACGCAGUGUGAUCAACUGUGAUAAAUCUAAUAUCUGUGUACUAUAUUGUAUGCUUUGUCGUAUGAAUUUUUUUAUUAAUAUGAAUUUUGUUAUAAUUGGACAAUUAAUCAAGCACUACAAAUAUCAAAUUCUAAUAGUAUAUGUAUGUUUUUGUA